AUUCUCAGUGGUUGGUCCACCAGCAAACAUGAGAUUCCUUCUGGUAGCCUUACUAGCUGGCCUUUGUGCCGUCUCGGCCGUCUCUGUUGGCAGUGAGUACCAUCAUGAAUACAACCAACAAAGACAAAAGGAAAUCUACCGCCUGUUCAAAUACAUCAACCAGCCCAGCUACUACCCUGACCACAUCGAGAUCGCCAACACCUACAAAUUCUGGGAACACAAGGCUGACUACGUGAAACCUGAAGUUGUGGACGAGUUCUACAACUACUACUACUACGGCAAGUACUUGCACCGAGGCGAGAUCUUCUCAGUGUUCCACAAGGAGCACUUGUACCAAGCUAUCGCCUUGUUCAAACUGUUCUACUAUGCCAACACGUACGAGAGCUUCUACCAUACGGCCGUCUGGGCCAGGAACUACGUCAACGAAGGCAUGUUCCUUUAUGCCGUGUCCGUUGCUCUGGUUCACCGUCCUGAUACUUACUACUAUGCCCUUCCGCCAAUCUAUGAAGUCUACCCGUACUACUUCUACAGUAGUGAGGUGAUCCAAGAAGCUCAGUACUACAAGCAAAUGUACCAUGGUGCUGAUGGUGCCCACUACAACGACAGGACCAUCUAUGCCAACUACUCGGGGUACUACCUCAACUUGCACCCAGAACAGGCCUUGUCGUACUUCACUGAAGAUGUAGGUGUCAACUCCUUCUACUACUACUACAACUUGUACUACCCCUUCUGGAUGAGUGGAGAGGAAUUCAACUUGAAAUACGACAACCGUGGUGAAUUGUUCUACUACAUGUACCAACAAAUCCUGGCGAGGUACUACCUUGAACGUUUGUCGAAUGGUUUUGGCGAGAUUGAUCACUUCAACUGGGAAGUACCUUUCGAAACUGGCUAUUACCCCAGCUUGUGCUACCCCAACGGUCUCCAAUUCCCCUCAAGGCCCAACUACGCCCACUUGUACGAGUACUUCUACAACUACGGACAGAAAUACGGGUACAACAAGUACGCCUACAGCUACACCUUUGUCAAGGACUACGAAAGAAGGAUCCGUGAUGCUAUUGACAGUGGAUACGUCUACACCAGAGGAGGCGACAAAGUCGAUCUGUUCUCGCACGAAGGUAUCAACAUUUUGGGCAGCUUAGUUGAAGGAAACCCAGACUCCCCGUACUACCACUACUAUGGUGCCUACCAUGUGUUCGCCCGCCACUUGCUGGGCUACUCCUUCCAACCUUUGACCUACCGCAAAGUCUACCCUUCGGCCCUCGAACACUUCGAGACUUCAAUGCGCGAUCCUGCUUUCUACCAACUGUACAAGAAACUCAUCACUUACUUCUUCAGAUACAAGGCCCAACACUACAAGUACUACACCGAGCACGACCUGGCCUUUGAAGGUGUGGAGGUCAAGAAUGUCGAAUUCGACCGACUUGUCACCUACUUCGACUACUACUUUGCCGACAUCAGCAGUGCUGUCUACGUCACUCCUGAAGAGUUCGUCCAGGACGGUUUCAAGGUCCAAGUGGCCCAACACCGCCUCAACUACAAACCCUUCACCUACAAGAUCUACGUUGACUCUAGCGUUGACACCGAUGCCGUUGUCAAAGUCUUCCUGGGGCCAAAAUACGAUGAGUACGGACGUUAUAUCAACUUGACCGAAAACUGGAUGAACUUUGUCCAAUUCGACCAUUUCGUCUACAAACUGAAAUCGGGCCAGAACGUCAUCACACGUAACUCCCGCGAGAUCUUCAACUACAUCCAUGACCGAACCUCCUACUACCAACUGUACCAGAAAGCCAUGGGCGUCAGUGACGACGAGCAACGCGGGUACUACCACCACACCCAGUUCUGGUUCGGCUUCCCCCAAAGGUUCUACUUGCCUAAAGGUACCUACGGUGGCUUCCCUUACCAGUUCUACGUCUACGUCACCAAAUACGUGCAAUACAAGAACCAGAAGUCCGAAGUACCAGUUGUCGGGUCCGGGUACCAGUACGUCGAUGGGUACCCCAUGGGCUAUCCCUUCGACCGUCCCGUUUACUACGGACAAGUGUUCUACGACAUCCCCAACGGGUACUUCUACGAGACCAAGGUCUACCAUCGUGAUGCUGACGCAGUCAACUACUCCCAACAAGAGUACUACAACAAACAGAACUACUACCAACAUCAUCAACACCAGUACAAACCACAACACUUCAACAAGCAGUACAACUAUGCUAAGCAGUACUACCCACAAGGACAGUACUACAAGGGGCAGAACUUCGACAGCCAGUACUACCACUACUAAUUUAUUCUUAAGUUUUGAUGUUGUUAUGGCAAAGGCAAUGUAUUAUGGUUCAUUCUGAUAUGAAAUAAAUUCAUGGUAAUGAUAA